CAAAACCAAGAUGGAAGAGUUUAGCUCCUCAUUUGGAGACUAAACAUGAAGAAAAUAUAAAGAAAGAGCUUGUCUAAACUGAGCUAAGAAGUAUAUGUGAAUUGGUGAGUUUAAUGAGGGGGAAAUGAGGUGUAUUUAUAGGUUUUUUAGGCUUGCAGGGUCGUGUACCUGAUCGGGCUGUAAGGGCACUCGAUUGGGUACUCGGUUGCUUCACGGAAGUAUAAAAAACUGGGUCAUACCCGAUCGGGUAUGUCGGCCACCCGAUCGGGUAUGAACACUCGAUCGUGCCAAAAUCUCCCCUACAUGUUGCCUUGUUCCCGGUUGAUCCGAUUCGAUGUUUUCAGCGACUUACCCGAUCGGGUAUAGAUCAUACCCGACCGGGUACAACACCAAAAAUCAGAAUCUUGAGAUUUUUGCACCUUCCUUCCAUUUGUGAUGUUCACCAAUGGUCCCUAGAGUGAUCUUGGACCUGUUUGAGCUCAGUAUAAACCUAAUCUAAACAAAUUACAAACAUUUUUACAAAUUAAACUAUUACACCAAAAGUGUGUAAGUUCCAAGGUAACAAUCAAUCUAAACUAAUUAAAAACAUAAACGUAAACAUGGAAAUUACAUGAAUGUCAACUCCUCCACACUUAGUUUCUUUACUCGACCUCGAGUAAAACCAAAUGUUUAUACAAUGUUCAUCAAAAGAUCAUAAGUUCAAAGAUAGUAAGAAAUAAGAAACUAAGACCACCAAGUAUUGUAAAUCAGUUUACAGAACAACAUUUCCUUGGGUUUAAGGGCCUUCUAUGCUCCUUACUUCUUCUUUUCCUCUUCUCAUUUUCUUCUUCUUUUCUUCAAUAGAUGAUGCCCUGCAAAAACAAAUUUUCUCUCAUAUCUCUCGUUUUGCCUAGGAGCCUUUUCAGGUUUUCAUCCUAUCAUCUCUUUUCUUUUCCUUUUCUCACCACUCACUCAUUAUUUUUGUAAGCCCUUCUUGCUUAGAUUGCCCAUUUUUUUGAGGUUUUCAACCUAACUAGCAUUUCAUUUCCUUUUUUCUUUUUUUGUGUGUGUGUACAACCAGUACAAGAAAGUAAUGCUCAGCGUAAGGUAAUAAGAAAAAACAAAGGGAGUGUACAUACCAAGAGAUGAAUUUCCCUCCCCCACACUUGAAUCAUGGCACUAUCCCUAGUGCCUGCCUUCUCCUCCAUAAUAGCCACCUCCAAAGCCGCUCCCAUGUACAUCAUCAUUGUCUCCCAUAGUAGUGUCCCCACCGUUGUAUCCUCCACCGCCGGAACUAGAGCCACCAAAAUUUCCCCAAUCAGAGGGGUUAUACCAAGAAGGUCCCGGUGGUGGUGAAGUCAUAGAUGAGAAAUCUCCGUGAUGGGCUAUAUAUGAGUACAUAGGACCAUAAGCCCUACGAUAGUCCUCUUCAUAGCGGUGGAGGUCGGCUUGUCGUAGCUCCUCCAUUCUUUGGAAACCCGCCCGUUGCUCCUCUCGGACUUGUGCAAGUUGUUCACCCAUGUUCGUGUAGUUGAGGUUCAUGGUGUUGAACUCGGCAAUUAGUGCUUGUUGGCCCUCCAAGAGUUGUUGGAAAAAGUCUUGCAGUGAUGGGUUUUGAGGGGGGUCGGGGAUGUGGUGUUGGGCAUGUUCAUGUUCCUCUUGGUGCUCAGCUUGCUCCGGUUGGUGAUCGUGUUGUUGCUCGGCUUGGUGGACUUGAGGUCGGAGGUGUGGUGGGAUGUUGUUGGGGAGGAGGUAAUGUGGAAUGUCAAAAGGAUCCAAUUUGUACCUAAGUGUAGGUAAUUCGUUGCAUGGGAGAGGAAAGUAUUUGAUUGGUUCGGGGUACUUCAUGUGCCAUUUAUAGUGUAGGGUUCCAUUUUGGUCUUUAUGGCUCAAAGAGAUCAAGCCUGCAUUGGAUAACCAUCCAAUAUGCAUCAAUGAAUCUUUAGAAAUUGGAGCAGGAUCUACAUAGCCAAAUUUGGAAGCCAAAUGCAUGAUGACCCCCCCCCCCCCCCCCCCUAGAACAAUGUUCCCCCCCUUUCCCUGUAGCCUUCUCUAAAUGAUCCGAAAUUAAGUUGCAAAUGUUGAACCCAACAGGAUUUCGGAAAAGAGCAAGGGUGAGUAUGGCUACAUCACCUAUGCGAGUGUGGUGGUUGUUGGGUCGGCCAAGCAAGGAGUUGCACAUAAACUUAAGAAAGAUCUGGAGAAGGGGAUGUUGCACGUGACUAAUGUAUAGUUGGGACGUGCUAAAAUCCCGUUCUUCGGUCAUUUUGCCCCAUAAGUUAUAUGCAUCUAUAGUGUUGUCCGGGAUUUCCCUUUCAUGUGGAAAUCGGAGCCCGAAAUGCUCGGUAAAAUCACGUCUCGUUAUAGAGUGGUCGGUGUUCAUCAACCGAAACGAGAGUGUAUCAUCAUAAAAGUGGGUCUCAUCCUUCUCAAAUUUGGCCGAACUCAAAAAUUCAUAGAUGACCCUCUCAACACAAUUAUAUUGCAAAUGAAAAAUCAAGGCCAUAUACAAUUCAUCAAAGAGCUCUUUCAUACCAUCCAACAAGCCUAGAGAAGUAAGAGCAUCAUGGCAUAAAAAGCGAGAGGGAGUGACUUUCCUUUUUAGUAUAGCCACGAAGCGUUUGCGAUGAUCCCCGGGCCCGAAACGAACAUCCUCAUAGUUUCGAAUAGGUCCCCUUGUGUUGGAGCUCUCUGGUUGGUUCCUUUUUGGUGCCAUUGAUGCUCAAUUUGGAAGCUUGGAGUUGGACUUGGGAUUUGGGGGUAGGGUUUCGGUUUUCUGAGAAUAGGGAGGGAAAGUGAGAUUGAUUGGUAUGAGGUUGUAGAGGAGAGUGUUUUGGUGGUGGUUUGAUGGAAUUUGGUUGAGUUUUGGUUGAGUUAUGGAAGAAAUAAGGUUCGAAAAUGGAGUUUUGGGGGGAGAGUUCGAGUUUGGGGUAGGAGAUUUUUGGGGAAGAUGAACUGAUUUCGGCUUCAAUUUGGGUUUAAAACUCGUGUACCCGAUCGGGUACCCCGAUUACUCGAUCGGGUAUGCUUAGCUUUGUUCUUGUUAUUUCAUUUUCUCAAAGUUGAAAUUCCAAAACAAAAAUUGAAAAGAAAAAAAUAAAAAAUGCGUACCUUGGCUUGGGUUGCCUCCCAAGAAGCGCCUUAUUUAACGUCGUGGCACGACGCCAUAGUAGUGUUCAUUCUUUAUAGAUUGGAUCGAAGAGAUCCAUGCAUUCAUCGCUUUCUUUUUGGAAACCUUCAAGGAACGGUUUGAGUUGAUGUCCGUUAACCUUGAAGAUUUGAUCGGUGUCAAAACUUUUGAUCUCAACCGCUCCAUGUGAGUAGACCUUGACCACCUCAAAUGGUCCUUCCCACCUUGAUCUUAACUUACGGGGGAAAAGACGAAGGCGUGAUCUAAAAAGAAGGACUUUGUCUCCAAUUUUGAAAUCCUUUCUUGUUAUCAUUUUGUCAUGCCAUACCUUCGUCUUCCCUUUGUAGAUGGCGGCGUUCUCAUAGGACUCCAAUCGAAGCUCCUCUAGCUCUUGGAGUUGUAGCUUCCUUUGUCUCCCCGCUUGCUCCAUGUCAAGAUUGAAUGUUUUUACCACCCAAUAAGACUUAUGUUCGAGUUCGACUGGGAGAUGACAUGCUUUCCUGAAUACAAGUCUAUAGGGUGACAUUCCAAUUGGGGUCUUGAAAGCGGUUCUAUAUGCCCAUAAGGCAUCAUCCAUGCGAAGACUCCAAUCUUUACGGUUAGGAUUCACCGUCUUUUGGAGUAUAGAUUUCAGCUCCCUGUUUGAGACUUCGGCUUACCCGUUUGUUUGUGGAUGGUAGGCGGUUGAGAGUUUAUGAGUGACGCCAUACUUCUUCAACAAGGCACUCACAGUUUUGUUGUAGAAGUGAGUACCCCUGUCGCUUAUUAAAACUCGUGGAACUCCAAACCUUGAAAAAUGCGGGUUUUGAGGAAGUCCACCACUACUUUGGCAUCAUCGGUCUUGGUGGCUUUUGCUUCCACCCAUUUUGACACGUAGUCCACCGCCAAGAGAAUAUAUAGAUUUCCAUGGGAAUUAGGAAAGGGUCCCAUGAAAUCUAUUCCCCACACAUCAAAGAUUUCAACGUAGAGCAUAGGAACUUGUGGCAUUUCAUGUUUUCGAGAGAUAUUGCCCAUGCGUUGGCAAUUGUCACAAGAUCGAAAAAAGACAUGGGCAUCUCGAAAUAAGCUCGGCCACCAAAAACCGCAUUCUAGCACCUUCAUUGAUGUUCUUUUUCCUCCAAAAUGACCACCACAUGCAUGUGAGUGGCAAAAUGAGAGGAUGGAUGCUAUCUCUGUUUCAGGAAUGCAUCUUCGAAUUACUUGAUCCUUGCAAUGUUUCCAUAAGUAUGGUUCAUCCCACACGUAUUGUUUUGCAUCGUGUUGGAGUUUCUCUUUUUGAGCUUUAGAGAAGCUUGGCGGGAACCUGUUUAGAACAAGGAAAUUAACAAUAUGUGUAUACCAAGGGCGAAUUUCCUUCAGAGAGAAAAGGGUCUCAUCGGGAAAUUCCCCUCGGAUAUCAUCUUUGAUGUGAUCGUUCCCCUCAUCAAGAACUAAACGGCUCAAAUGGUCGGCCACCAAGUUCUCCAUGCCCUUCUUGUCUUUGAUCUCCACGUCGAACUCGCUCAAAAGAAGUAUCCACCGUAUCAACCUUGGUUUGGCCUCCUUUUUUGUCAUUAAGAACCUAAGAGCCGCAUGAUCGGUGUAAAUUAUCACCUUGGUUCCAAGUAAGUAUGACCUGAAUUUUUCAAGUGCAUAGACGACGGCCAACAUUUCUUUCUCGGUGGUGGCGUAGUUGCGUUGGGCAUCAUUGAGGGUGGUGGAUGCAUAGUACUAGCUUUUGGCCCUUCCAACCUUUUGGCCCAAGACGGCCCCUACCGCAUAAUCGCUGGCGUCACACAUGAUCUCAAAAGGAAGAGACCAAUCGGGUGCUUGAAUGAUAGGUGCGGUUACUACCUUUUCCUUCAACGUUUUGAAGGCCUUUUUGCAUUCCUCGGAAAAGAUGAAUUCCACCUCCUUUUGCAAAAGUGUGCACAAAGGAGAUGCGAUCUUUGAGAAAUCCUUGAUAAAUCUUCGAUAGAAACCUGCAUGUCCAAGGAAUGAUCGUAUCUCCCUAACGGUGGUAGGAUAAGGGAGUGAUUGGAUGACUUCAACUUUGGCCUUGUCUACCUCUAUCCCCUUUGAUGAAAUGACAUGGCCUAGAACAAUUCCUUCUUCCACCAUGAAGUGGCAUUUUUCCGAGUUCAGAACAAGGUUUGAUUCUAAGCAACUUUUUAAUACAAGAGAUGGAUGCUAUAGGCAUGAAUCAAAUGAGUCUCCAUGGAUUGUAAAAUCAUCCAUGAAAACUUCCAUAAAUAGCUCAACAUAUUCAGAGAAUAUGCUCAUCAUGCAUCUUUGGAAUGUGGUCGGGGCAUUGCAUAGUCCGAAUGGCAUGCGUCGAUAUGCAAAGGUGCCAAAUGGACAAGUGAAAAUGGUCUUCUCCUGAUCUUCGGGGGCUAUGAGUACUUGAAAGUACCCGGAGUAGCCAUCAAGGAAACAAUAGAACUCAUGCCCGGCAAGUCUCUCAAGCAUUUGAUCAAUGAAGGGUAAAGGAAAGAAAUCCUUUCUAGUCACCGCAUUGAGUCUACGGUAAUCUAUGCACACCCUCCACCCAUUUUGAACUCGGGUGGGCAUAAGUUCACCAUGCUUGUUCUCCAUCACCGUGACUCCGGUCUUCUUAGGAACAACUUGGGUUGGACUGACCCAUUUUGAAUCGGAAAUGGGGAAUAUGAUCCCCAUUUGUAGUAGCUUGAUGACCUCCUUUUUUACCACCUCCAUCAUAGGUGGGUUCCAUCUUCUUUGGGGCUGCCUCACCGGCUUUGCUUCGUCCUCCAUCAAGAUGCGGUGCAUGCAAAUAGAUGGACUAAUGCCUUUGAUGUCGGCUAUAGUCCAUCCAAUUGCAAGUUUAUGCUCUUUGAGCACCGCAACCAGCUUUCCUUCUUGCUCUUGGGUCAAUUUGUUGGAGAUUAUAACCGGCAAGGUUUCUUUUUCUUCCAAGAACACAUAUUUCAAAUGUUUUGGGAGUGGCUUCAUUUCAACUUCGGGGGCCUGCAAAAUAGAAGGCAAAGGCUAUUCUUCGGGGAUGGUUAGUGGAAAUGCUCUUGACCCCGGUGGCAUAAGUGGAAGUUGGAAAUGGUUAUCCAACUCUACCAUCAUGGCUUGUAUGUUGGGAGUCAAGACAAGUUCUAGAGAGUUUUCCCCGAAAUUAUUCUCAAUCACGCUCAACAAUUCAUCCUCUCCAUUUAUUUCAAAAGUGUUUUGUACAAGAGGAUCAAUAAUAUCAAUGGAAAACAAAGAAUGAUCUUCAUUUGGGUAUUUCAUGGAGUCAUAAAUGUUGAAUUCAACCUUAUCUCCAUCAAAUUCCAUUGUUAAAGAUCCCCUAAAAACAUCAAUUUUUGCUCUAUCGGUUUUUAAAAAUGGCCUUCCUAAAAGGAUAGGAACCGCAUUUUUAUCAUUAUCCAUUUCCAAAACAUAAAAGUCAACGGGAAAGAUCAAAUUAUCAACCAUAACUAGUACGUCUUCAACAAUACCUUUAGGAUAAGCAUUUGAUCUAUCCGCAAGUUGAAUGACUACUCCGGUUUCAUUUAGAGGGCCAAGCUCAAGUGAUUUGAAUAAAGAGUAAGGAAUGACAUUAAUUGACGCUCCUAAAUCUAGCAUGGCCUUUGAAAACGUAGUACCUCCCAACUUACAAGGUAUAGUGAACAUGCCCGGAUCAUUGUAUUUUUUGGAGAGUUUCUUUUGAAAGACCGCUGAAACACGUUCACUAACUUGGACUUUUUGUUUUCCAUUGAGUCUAUGUUUCCUUUUUAUUGUACAUAGAUCUUUAUUUUUUUUUUCAAAUCUAGGAACACCCUUUAUCAAAUUAAGGAGAGGAAUAUUUACCUCACAUUUGGAGAAUGUCUCAUAGAUGUCCUUAUCCUUCUCCACCCUUCUUGUUUCCCUCAGAGCCUCGGGAAAAGGUGCUUCAAUUUCAGGGAUGACCGGAGUUGGAGUUGAGGUUUGAGUUUUAUCCUCCUCCGGUUGAGCUUUUUCUACAAACUCCUCUUCUUCCUCUUCUUCGCCAAUGUGGCUCUUUGUUUUUUCUUUGGCAAUAAUUAACUCCUUGCCACUCCUCAAUAUGACCGCAUGGGCUUGUUGCCUAGGAUUCGACUUUGUUUACGAUGGAAGCUUUCCCGAAUCCUUGGCUUCGAGCCUACUCACCGCACUUGAGAUUUGGCUCAUUUGGUUCUCAAGGUUUUGUAUGCUAGAUUUUAUCUCAUGUUGAAAUUGAACCAUGUUUUGUUGCAUGGUUGAGACAUUAGUGGUGAGUGCUCGGAUCAUGUCCUCGGUGGACAUAUUUGAGCCUUGGCUUUGGGGUUUAGAGUAUGGUUGUUUUUUAGGAAAUUGGUUUUGUGGACGGUUAUUUUGUUGUGGGUUUCCUUGAAGAUUCCCAUAUCUCAAAUUGGGGUGAUCUCUCCACCCGGGAUUAUAAGUAUUGCCAUAAGAAUCAUACCUCUUUUGGUUUGGAAAUUCCAAAGCGUUGACUUGCUCGGUGUUGUCUUCUUGGAGAGUUGGGCAUGAGUCGGUGGGGUGCCCUUUUUGUGUACAAAUGCCGCAGACCUUGAUUUCUUGGGUCUUGGAAUUCAAAAUAAAAUCCUUAACCAAAGAAGUCAAGCCGGCAACUUGAUUUUCCAAUGAUGAUGAUGAUUCCACUGCCAUGACUCUUUUUGUUGAUGAUAGCCCGUUGUGAUGUCUACAAUUCUCGGCCAAUUCUGAGAUAAGAUUUAUAGCUUGAGAAGGAGUUUUGUUGACGAUCCCCCCUCCACAUGCGGCGUUAAUCAUCCACCUAUCAUCAUUGCAAAGACCAUCAUAAAAGUAUAGGAUGAGGUCUUGCUCCGAGUAGCCGUGGUAUGGACAGCUCGCACAAAGUUUCUUGAAUCGUUCCCAAUAUUCGUAGACCGAUUCAUCAUCUUUUUGCUCCACAUUGCUGAUUUGCUUUUUGAGAGAUGAGGAGACAGAGGCAGGAUAGUACCUUUCAAGGAAAGCUUUCUUCAUGGCCGCCCAUGUACCUAUACUUCCCGAGGGAAGAUAGAAUAACCAAUCUUUGGCGGUAUCUUUGAGGGAGAAUGGAAAGGCCCUCAAUUUUAUUUGUUCCGCGGUGACUCCAUUGGGGCACAUGCUUGUGCAAACAUGAUAGUGUGAAUUUCCUAUCAUGUAUGUUUGUAUUUUUAACUAGUUUUUAUUAGUUCUAGUUGUGGAAAUUACACAUUUUUUGUGUAAUACUUUAUUUUCAUAAUUAUUUGUAAUUUGUUUAGAUUAGGACUAUUCUGAGCUAAACAGGUCAAAACUCAUCCAAGGGAUCAAGAUGGGACCUCAAAAGAUCAAGGAAAGUGCAAAGAGACAUGAAAGAUUUCGAUUUGGAAAAAAUACUCGUAUACCCGAUCGGGUAUAGGCAAUACCCGAUCGGGUAUUUGCUUGAUUCGGUUGUCCAAAUCAAAUCCGGGAACAAAGGAUCGUGGGAGAAAAUUUUCGUAAAGAUUUGUCACAUACCCGAUUGGGUAAACCGACAUACCCGACCGGGUAUGUCCAGAAAUGUGGCUUUCCGGGAAAUUUCCUAAGAUACCCGAUCGGGUAUCCUAUAUACCCGGUCGGGUAUCAGCCCCUGCAGCUCCCAAAAGCCUAUAAAUACACAUCUUUUCUUCACAAUAAAAUAUCCAAUUCCUUUGUACAUCUAAGCUCAGUAUAGAAUAGCUCUUUCUUUAUAUUUUUCAUCAUGUUUAGUCUCCAAAUGAGGAGCUAAACUCUUCCAUCUUGGUUUUGCUACUUUGAAGCUUAAUGAAUUUGUAAGUUGUGAGUUAUUUUCUUUAAUCUUCUUCCUUGAAUAUUAAUUCUUUCUUUCAAAAUACUAUCUCUAUAUCAAAGUUGGGGAGUGUUACUAAGAUGACAAUUAGUUAACAUCUUGACAUUGGUUAUAGUAAUAGCUAUUUCUUCCUCUAUGAUAAUAUUGGAGAGUGUUACUAAGAUGACAAUUAGUUAACAUCUUGAUACUAAUCAUAGUAGGAUUCAUAUAUUUUAAUAUUCUUCCUUGAGUAUUAAUUAAUUCCUAGCCAUAUUUCAUAUUAAUAUCUUAAACAUUACUUAAAGUAUCAACUAGUAUUGUUUUUCAUAUUAAUUAUUACUAGAAUCAAUCGGUUAAUACGCUUGUUAUUAAUCCGGUUCUUUCAACGGUAGUAAACUUGGAAUAUUAAUGCAUGCAUCUCAUGGUUAAUAUGCCAAUAGGAAUUAAUUAUAUUGAUUAAACCAAUAAACCGCUUGUGUUGAGGUUAUCAAUCUCAAUCGUUUUCAUCUUAAGUUUAUUGCUACUAUCAAGUUAAUAUACGGCGCUUGUUCUAUAUUGACUCGAUAGUAAGUUUUAUUAAUGAACGCAUCUCGUUAUUAAUAACUACCCUCGAUGAACUGGAUAUACUCCUCGAUUGAGUAUUCGAGAGGAAGAUAGUUAAAGAUAUAACCGGGAUCGACGAACAUUUCAUUAAGUGGAUAAAAGCAAAACCAAAUCUUCAUCUCAUUGAAUUAAACUCAUAUAGGUCGUUUAUCUUAGUGUUAUUAAACCAAACAAAUCUAAACCCCCCUUUGUUACAACUUUUAUAAAAGAAAAGUAUUCCUUUCCUUGUGGAUACGAACCUUACUACACUAUACUACGUAUUAGUGUCGUAUUGAUUAAUUAUUUUGAGUGCACCUAACGACGAGUGCACGUCAAAUUUGGCGCCGUUGCCGGGGAAAGGCAAUUACUUUUCUUUUUAUUUUAUCUCAUAAAAAAUCAAAAAGCGGAAAAAAAACAAAAAAAAACUUGCUCUUCUAUUUUCUGAGCUUACAUGAGUUAUGAGUAUAUGGAUACCAACACUUCAUCCUUAGAGAGUCAAAUUUCCUUCUUGACUUCUCUAAUAAAGGAAUCCAUCUUUAACUCAAAAGCUCAAGAUGCCAAGACUUGCAACAUUUGCAUGUCUCAUAGACAUCUUACGGAUUUCUGCCCAAAGGUCCAAGAAGAAUACAUUGCACAAAUUGAUGAUGUACCUCACAUGAGGUAUGAUCCAUUCUCCAACUCUAAUAUGUCCACGGAGGACAUGGUUCGGGCUCUUACUAACAGCGUAACCACCAUGCAACAAAACAUGGUGCAAUUCCAAAAUGAGACCAAGACUAGCAUUUUGAGCUUGGAAUCUCAAGUGAGUCAAAUAGCCGGAGUCGUGAGUAGGCUUGAAGCAAGGGAUCCGGGAAAACUUUCCUCUCAAAUAGAAUGUGAUCCUAGACAGCAAACUUUUGCAAUCACAUUGAAAAAUGAAGAGGAAAUGCAAAAAGAGAUCCAGGAUCCAGAAGAAGUAGAGGAAGAAAAGGACACAUAGCUCCAACUGGUCAAAGAAGAGGAUAAUCUGAGCUUCAAGGUUAAAUAUCUAUCCUUGUCAUCUUUUGAGGUACCCCCAUCAAUUCUAAAAAUUUUGAGGGAAACUCAUAAACUUGAAAUGGACAAUGACAUUUCUAAAAUAUUCUUCAAAAUUGAGGAGUCGAAAAACUUUUUAUUGACCAUACUAAACGAUAAUUUCUUCCCAUUCCUCCCACCACACGAAUCAAUGAAAAUCUGGAUAUUUGAUCCUGGAAAGAUUUCCAAAGUGGAGAGUCGAGAAAUUAAGCACUCCUAUGGAAGUCCUAGGAGUGAAAGUGUGAAGAAAAUAAACUAUCAUGAUCCAAGUUUGAAUGAUUGAAAACAAUGAUAGCGUCGUGCCGCGACGUUAAAUAAGGCGCUUCUUGGGAGGCAACCCAUGCAAGGCACGUUUAAUUGUUUUGUUUUAUUUUUACACAUUUCAAAAAAAAAAAGAGUUUUGUGCACCACGGCUUAAUACCUGAUCGGGCACAUGUAUAUAUCCGGUCGUGUAUAAGAGAAAUUAAAUUUCAAAAACUACGGCGAGAAGAAGUCGAUCGGGUAUGAAAAUCCCAGAAAUCGAAGAAAAGGAAGAUACUCGAUCGGGUAUAGCCACUUACCCGACCGGGUAUGCUUAAAACAUGCAAUUUCAGAGCUCACUGCCUCGUGUAGUGAUCGGGUAUGAAAAUCCCAAAAAUCAAAGAAAAGGGAGAUACCCGAUCGGGUAUAACCACUUACUCGACCGGGUAUGCUUAAAACGUGCAAGUCUGCAGCUCACUGCCUCGCAUACCCGAUCGAUUAUACACACUUACCCGGUCGGGUAAGCGGGAUUACUCAGCAUUUUAAUUCAAAAAGUCCCUUCUUCUUCCCAAAUUCCUUCCCCAAAUCCGACCAAACCCUCCCCAAACCUCCAUAGCCGGUUCUUCUACCUUAAAUUACUCCCUGAAUUCUCCACCAAAUCCCUCCAAACCACCACCAAAAUCUUCCCCACAUCCCCCUCUACACACCCAUACCCAUCAACACCACAUUCUCUCCCAAUUUCGUAGAGUCCGAAAAACCCAACUCCACCACAUAAAAGUCCGAAAUUUGGAGCCUAAAAUCCAAGUUUUCUAGCAAAAAUGGUACCAAAGAGGACAAGAGGAGAAAGUUCUUCUUCAAGAACACCGGUUCCCGGCUUUGAAAACAUCAUCAUCACCUCAUCGGCUCACCGGGAAAAAGUCUUGGCCCAAACUAAAAGAGAGGUACAUCAUUCCCGUUUUUUUGUGUAUGAAUACUUUGGAUGAGCUAGAAAUUCUUGCUAUGAUGCUUCAAUUAGGUGAAUUGUUGGGAAUGAGCAAAAUUUUUGGGUUGAAAUAUAACCCAAAUGAUGAACUUGUGUAUGAAUUCUUGGGUUCCGUUGAGAGAAUCAAAUAUGAUAAUGAUGAUAGGGAGGAUAAACUCACGUUUCGUUUAUUCAAUAAAUCACAUUCCAUAACAAAACGUGAGUUUGCGGAGCACUUUGGCUUGCCCGUGCCACCACAAAACGCCCAAGAGCCCGACACCGGGUAUGGCUUUGAAUUGUGGAAAAAAAUGACGGGGGAAAUGAACUUUAGCUCCAAAAAUCUUGUCAUAACCCAUGUCCAACACCCAGUGCUACGCAUUUUCUUGAAAUACUUGGUUAGCUUUGUGUUUGGACGCCCCAACAAUCACCAAGCACGAAUAGGUGAUAUAUGUAUUCUAGCCAAUGCAGUGUUUGACAUACCUCCCUUCCACUAUAACAUUGUGAACCGUAUGUGGGAACAUCUGUAUAAAGAAUGCACCGCCCAAGGAAAAAAUUGGAUAGGGGGCGUUAUUCUCCACAUAGCUACAAAAUUCGGUUACGUAGACAAUGCACCAAUAGCCGAAUUCUGUCUUUUUGACAUAACACAUCUGGGCAAUUCAAAGGACAUCAAGUUCUCUCAUCGUGAUUACAAGGGGAAAAUCUUUUACAAAUGGUCCAUCUUCCCGAAACCCACUCGUUACUUCACGAUCCCCUCCGAGGGGCUACCCACUAUUCCAUUCCGAUUAGAACCACCUCUUGUGCACCACUAUUGCCUCCCUCCAGCCAUCCCACCAUAUUUCCAAAACCAAGAAGAUGAACCCGCACAAGAACAAGCCCCUCCAAUUCUUGAAGAUAUUCCAGCUCCACCUCACGACCAACCCCACUACGAUCCGUAUCAAACACAAGUGCUUGAGAACCAACGUGCUCUAUUGGAAGGACUCCGGGAUUUGAGCUUCCGGGUCAACCGCAUGGACGAGGACAACCGACGGGCAAUAGCCCCCAUCUAUGCUUACCAUCAUCAGCAGGGGCACUUCUCCUCUAUGCGUCCCCCAGUGCAGCACCCGUCAUGGUAUGACCCCUCUCAGUGGGGUAAUUUUGGGGAGGACAGCGGUUACAGUGGAGGAGACUAUGGUGGCGGUCAGCCUGGCUUUGACGGAGACGAGCACUAGGGACAGUGCUUCAAGCUAAGUGAGGGGGAAUCACUCAUUGGUACGUACUCAAUUGUUUCAACCUUGUAACUUGCAUUAUCUUUUUUUAAAAAAAAAAGAAAAAAAAAGCAAAUAAAAAAAGAAAAAAAAAGGGAAAUGCUAGUUAGGUUGAAAACCCAAAAAACGGGCAAUCUAAGCAAAAAGGGCUUAUAAAAAAAAUGUUAAUGAGUGAGUUAGAAAGGAACAAAACAAAACGAGAGGCUAAGAUGAAAACCUGAAAAGGCUCCUAGACAAAAUGAGAGAUAUUAGAGGUUCAUUUCUUUUUUUUACAGGGCAAUGGUGGUCUCAAGAAGCGGAAUGAAGGAGUUGAAAACAAGAGAAGAGCAUAGAAGGCCAUAAAAACCCAAGAAAAUAUUAACCUUUGAGCUCAAAACUCAAUUUAAAUCUAAUGUACAAACCUUGGUGGUCUUUUGCUCUUUCUUGUUAAAUUGUUGAACUAUUGAAGACAUGAAAAACUUGUAAACAUUUGGCUUUACUCGAGGACGAGUAAAGAAACUAAGUGUGGGGGAGUUUGAUAGUGUGAAUUUCCUAUCAUGUAUGUUUGUAUUUUUAACUAGUUUUUAUUAGUUCUAGUUGUGGAAAUUACACAUUUUUGUGUAAUACUUUAUUUUCAUAAUUAUUUGUAAUUUGUUUAGAUUAGGAUUAUUCUGAGCUAAACAGGUCAAAACUCAUCCAAGGGAUCAAGAUGGGACCUCAAAAGAUCAAGGAAAGUGCAAAGAGACAUGAAAGAUUUCGAUUUGGAAAAAAUACUCGUAUACCCGAUCGGGUAUAGGCAAUACCCGAUCGGGUAUUUGCUUGAUUCGGUUGUCCAAAUCAAAUCCGGGAACAAAGGAUCGUGGGAGCAAAUUUUCGUAAAGAUUUGUCACAUACCCGAUCGGGUAAACCGACAUACCCGACCGGGUAUGUCCAGAAAUGUGGCUUUCCGGGAAAUUUCCUAAGAUACCCGAUCGGGUAUCCUAUAUACCCGGUCGGGUAUCAGCCCCUGCAGCUCCCAAAAGCCUAUAAAUACACCCCUUUCCUUCACAAUAAAAUAUCCAAUUCCUUUGUACAUCUAAGCUCAGUAUAGAAUAGCUCUUUCUUUAUAUUUUUCAUCAUGUUUAGUCUCCAAAUGAGGAGCUAAACUCUUCCAUCUUGGUUUUGCUACUUUGAAGCUUAAUGAAUUUGUAAGUUGUGAGUUAUUUUCUUUAAUCUUCUUCCUUGAAUAUUAAUUCUUUCUUUCAAAAUACUAUCUCUAUAUCAAAGUUGGGGAGUGUUACUAAGAUGACAAUUAGUUAACAUCUUGACAUUGGUUAUAGUAAUAGCUAUUUCUUCCUCUAUGAUAAUAUUGGGGAGUGUUACUAAGAUGACAAUUAGUUAACAUCUUGAUACUAAUCAUAGUAGGAUUCAUAUAUUUUAAUAUUCUUCCUUGAGUAUUAAUUAAUUCCUAUUCAUAUUUCAUAUUAAUAUCUUAAACAUUACUUAAAGUAUCAACUAGUAUUGUUUCUCAUAUUAAUUAUUACUAGAAUCAAUCGGUUAAUACGCUUGUUAUUAAUCCCGUUCUUUCAACGGUAGUAAACUUGGAAUAUUAAUGCAUGUAUCUCAUGGUUAAUAUGCCAAGAGGAAUUAAUUAUAUUGAUUAAACCAAUAAACCGCUUGUGUUGAGGUUAUCAAUCUCAAUCGUUUUCAUCUUAAGUUUAUUGCUACUAUCAAGUUAAUAUACAGCGCUUGUUCUAUAUUGACUCGAUAGUAAGUUUUAUUAAUGAACGCAUCUCGUUAUUAAUAACUACCCUCGAUGAACUGGAUAUACUCCUCGAUUGAGUAUUCGAGAGGAAGAUAGUUAAAGAUAUAACCGGGAUCGACGAACAUUUCAUUAAGUGGAUAAAAGCAAAACCAAAUCUUCAUCUCAUUGAAUUAAACUCAUAUAGGUCGUUUAUCUUAGUGUUAUUAAACCAAACAAAUCUAAACCCCCCUUUGUUACAACUUUUAUAAAAGAAAAGUAUUCCUUUCCCUGUGGAUACGAACCUUACUACACUAUACUACGUAUUAGUGUCGUAUUGAUUAAUUAUUUUGAGUGCACCUAACGACGAGUGCACGUCAAAACAACAUGGAACUCCGAGAGAUGUUUAUUUGGGUCCUCCCCUCUUAAGCCAUGGAAAGAUGGAAGUAGAUGUAUGAGUCCAGAUUUCAACUCAAAUGUAGCACCCUCAUCAAGAGUUGGGAAAGUGAUACAUAAGGGUUGUUGAUUCAAGUUUGGAGCUGUGAGCUCCCUCAAAGUUCUUGUUUCGAGAGCCAUAGUUAUUGGCUCUUCGGUCUCGCUAGAAUGAGAACUAGCACUGGAUGUAUCUCCGGUAGAUAAUUCCUCCAAGUCGGUAUUAGAAAAUUUAUUUUUCAACCGCUCGAAAGUUUGCUCUAUUUCCGGGUUUGUUUGAUAGGUGAUUUCGUUUAUGGAACGAUGUUUAACCAUAUACUUCACCAAGCUCAUAAAUAGAAGAAAUAAGAACUCUUUAUAUUUUUAUUUAAUAUUUUUUUAUGUUUUCUUGAAAUACAAUAAAAAAAAAUAUAAUUACCUUUCCCCGGCAACGGCGCCAAAUUUGACGUGCACUUUGUCGUGAGGUGCACUCAAAAUAAAUACAAUACAACAAAUAUACGUAGUAUAUUGAAGUAAGGUUCGUAUCCAUAGGGAAAUGAAUACUUUUCUUUUAUAUAAAUAGUAACAAGGGGUUUUUUAAGUUUGAUUUGAUUCAAUUUAAUUGACACUAAGAUGAACGACUUAUAUGAGUUUAAUUAAUAGAGAUGAGGACUUUGUUUUGCUUUUAUCCACUUAAUGAAAUGUUCGUCGAUCCCGGUUAUAUCUUUAACUAUCUUCCUCUCGAAUACUCAAUCGAGGAGUAUAUCCAGUUCAUCGAGGGUAGUUAUUAAUAACAAGAUGCAUUCAUUAAUAAAACCUACUACCGAGUCAAUAUAGAACACGCGCCGUAUAUUAACCCGAUAGUAGCAAUAAACUUAAGAUUAAAACGAUUGAGAUUGAUAACCUCAACACAAGCGGUUUAUUGGUUUAAUCAAUAUAAUUAAUUCCCCUUAGAUUAUUAACCAUGAGACGCAUGCAUUAAUAAUCCAAGUUUUACUACCGUUGAAGGAACCGAAUUAAUAACAAGCGUAUUAAUCGAUGGAUUCUAGUAAUAAUUAAUAUAUGAAACAAAACUAGUUGAUCCUUUAAGUAAUGCUCAAAAUAUUAAUAUGGAAUAUGAAUAGGAAAUAAUUAAUAUUCAAGUAAGAAGAUUAAAGAAAAUAACUCACAAUUUACAAAUUCAUUAAGCUUCAAAGUAGCAAAACCAAGAUGGAAGAGUUUAGCUCUUCAUUUGGAGACUAAACAUGAAGAAAAUAUAAAGAAAGAGUUUGUCUAAACUGAGCUAAGAAGUAUAUGUGAAUUGGUGAGUUUAAUGAGGGGGGAAUGAGGUGUAUUUAUUGGCUUUUUAGGCUUGAAGGGUCGUGUACCCGAUCGGGCUGUAAGGGCACUCGAUCGGGUACUCGGUUGCUUCGCGGAAGUAUAAAAAACUGGGUCAUACCCGAUCGGGUAUGUCACCCACCCGAUCGGGUAUGAACACUCGAUCGUGCCAAAAUCUCCCUUGCAUGUUGCCUUGUUCCCGGUUGAUCCGAUUCGAUUUUUUCUGCGACUUACCCGAUCGGGUAUAGGUCAUACCCGACCGGGUACAACACCAAAAAUCAGAAUCUUGAGAUUUUUGCACCUUCCUUCCAUUUGUGAUGUUCACCAAUGGUCACUAGAGUGAUCUUGGACCUGUUUGAGCUCAAUAUAAACCUAAUCUAAACAAAUUACACACAUUUUUACAAAUUAAACUAUUACACCAAAAGUGUGUAAUUUCCAAGGUAACAAUCAAUCUAAACUAAUUAAAAACAUAAACGUAAACAUGGAAAUUACAUGAAUGUCAAGCGUGCUACACUAUCAGCAAUUGCUUUUAGUGUAGCGGUAAGCGCAAUGAUCCACGAGUGGUAUCAGAGUCAAGGUCACGGGUUCGACCCUCGGCGACAGCAUGCUGCGCAGCUAAAGGCUGGCAGGUGCUGGGGGGAGAUUGUUGGGCCGUGGGCCCGCGGGUAUGCGGUGAUAGCAAUCUGCCAGCCUGCCAGUGUAAUGGGGUAAAGAAACGUGGCGCUUCGCUUGUGCUAUAAAGGGAAAGGAGCGUGCUACACUAUCAGCAAUUGAUUUUAGUGUAGCGGUAAGCGCAACGAUCCACAUAAAUUAUUGCCAAGACGAGCGAGCUUACGGCCCCUUAAUCGCUACUAACCACUUAGUGAACGAUUAAGUGUGUGUGAAGGUGUCUUAGAAUAAACUAGAUCUCUCUUAAUUUAUUUUACAAACAGUUGUAAUUCUAGCCGUGGUUCCAGGUUACAAAAGAUAUCAGUUAAAUUAUUCAAACACAAAUUAAACGGCCUUCAUGCAAUUAAUCCAUUAAGAAACUAGCCAUAUAUCGUGAUUAACCCCUUCAUCAAUCCCAAAUCCCUAAUUAAAACUACUUCUCACUCAUAAUUGAAGAAUCAAUAGAAUUGGGAAGAAUAUAAAUAAUUGUCAUUAAUUAAAAGGCUAAAGGGUCAAAUAGGUCCCUAUACUCAUAUCAAUAGCUCAAUUGGGUACCCGAACUAAAAAAAGGUCCAAUCCAAUCCUCCAACUCUUCAAAAGCG